GGAAUGUAAACAUUGAGUGAAUCAAACAUUUCUCACGAAUGCAUUCAAUGGAACCUCGCGUUGAAGUAGUGGUCACUCGUAUUGACACACAUUUAAGCCAUUAAUAUAUGGCCACAGCUUUGGCAGACAUUCCAUACGAUUGCGCUAUAAAUAGGCAUUGAAUUGACUGUAAGUGCCAUUCAUUGGCUAAUUGUGUCCCAAAUCGCAGUCAACUCAAGUCAAGCCAACAUAUAAUUCACAAACUGGUCGUCAAUACUGACCACACGUUUCGCCACAAUCUUUGCCAUCAAUUCACUCAUUGUUUUGAUUAUAUAUUUAUUGAUUAGAUUUAAUAAUUAGUUUUAUUUUGCAUUUUAUUUUAUAUUUUAUGUUAACUAUUGGCCCGAAAAACAAACCCCAAAACCCGAAGAAACCAAUGAAUUGGCCGUAAAUUUAGAUAUAUUUUUAUUAUUAGUUUAUUUUUUAUAUAUUAUAUAUAAUACACACCAAAAAGUGUGGUGUCUUUGAAAGUGUCCACUGAUUUCGAUGAUCGCAAACGACAUGUGUUUGUCUUCAACUCAACACAACCCGAGAUUCAACGCAUUGUUAACGCAAUUAUUGUUUUUGCUGUUUAUUUGCCAUUCAAUCCAUUGUAUGCCCGAAGAAGAGCGGAUCCAAUUGAGAGAUGAGGCGCGAGAGAUGUUUAAUCACGGAUACGACUCGUAUAUGGCGUACGCCUAUCCGGCCGACGAGUUG